AUGAUUUUCAACAAUACAAAGAAGAUCCAACUCCAUUCAGUUGAAAUGGAUUUAAAUAGAAGCGGAACUUGCCAGACUCCUGACGACAGUGCAGGAAAUGUUUUCCUACAAGUUUUUUUGAUGACUGAGACCAUUGUGGGUCUUCCAGGAAGCAUACUGGCCUUGUGGAUUUUUUGCUGUCGCAUGAAGAUCUGGAAAGCCCACAUCAUUUUCCUUUUUAACCUGGUUCUGGCUGACUUCCUGCUACUCAUCAGCGUGCCCUUCCGCAUUGACACCCACUGGCGGGGGGAUGACUGGAAAUUUGGACCAACCUGGUGCCAGAUUAACCUCUACAUGUUGUCUGUCAAUCGAUCUGCCAGCAUUGCAUUCAUGACUGUUGUGGCACUGGACCGUUAUUUCAAGGUGGUUCAUCCACAUCACUACGUCAGUCGACUGACUCCAACACAGGCAGGUGUGCUCGCAAGUCUGAUAUGGAUUUGUGUGAUUACCCUUCGCAUCCCAUUGUUGACCACUGAUCUCCUUCAGAAGAGAGCCAAUAUCAGUCUGUGUCGUAGCUUUAAUUCAUAUGAUGUCAUCCCUCUGCCUUUACUGGUGCACUAUGCUGCUUUUGUUAUGGAGUUCUUCCUGCCAUGGUUCUUGUUGCUCUUCUGCUCAGCCAGGAUUGUCUACCACCUCCACAAACUGCAAAUUAACAGGGAGAAGGUCCGACGGGCCAUUCGAGUUGUGACGGUCAUCAGCAUGGUGUUCACCUUCUGCUUUAUGCCAAGUGUCUUCACUGGUCUUGUUGGGUUGUACAUAAAGACAUACCAUCCUAAAGAGUGUGCAUCUUACAACACAUGGAUUUAUCUCUUCAUGAUAUGUAUGGGUUUCACCUACCUCAAUAGUGCUUUAGACCCAGUCAUUUAUUUUUUCUCCAGCUCUUCAUUUCAGGAAAUCCUGAAGAACUCCUUUAACUGCAGGAAAAAUUCCAGAGGAGCAAGAAGACAAAAGGCCAACUGCUGA